CUGAAAGCACGUGGACUUCCAAAUCCUGCCGAUUCGCAAUCGAAAACGCGAUCAAAUCGUUGAAAUCAAAAAGUUAUUUCUCUAGAUUUGAGUUAGUAAACACAAAUAUGACAUGAGGGUCAAAAUAUUAUCAAGAAAUCCGAGUGAAUUCCGUCGGGAAACGAAGAAAGACAUUCAAAAAGUGCCAAGAAACUAUGAUCCUUCUCUUCAUCCCUUUGAAGCUCCAAGAGAAUACACCAGAGCUCUCAAUGCAGCCAAACUAGAACGAGUCUUUGCCAAGCCGUUUGUUGGGUCCCUGGAUGGACACAGCGAAGGGGUUCAUUGCCUCUGUAAACAUCCCAAACAGUUGUCAACGUUAUUAUCUGGUGCUUACGACGGGGAGCUGAAGUUAUGGAACUUGCCGCGGAGGGAGUGUACUCGGAGUAUCCAGGCUCAUGAUGGUUUUGUGCGUGGAAUCUGCUGUCAUCCAAAUGGAGAAUACUUCUUCUCAUGUGGAGAUGACAAGAUUAUUAAACAAUGGAGCAUGGCGUCCCCUACAGAUGGUCAGGAGGAACCAGUCAACUCGAUCGUUGGGAAGCACAUCUUUCAAUCUAUAGACCACCACUGGAAAAAUAAUAUGUUUGCCACAGCUGGAGAAACGGUUGACAUUUGGGAUGAAGAGCGAUCGUCCCCUGUUCGGACAUUCACAUGGGGUGUUGAUAGUAUAGGCAGUGUGAAAUUCAACCCGGUAGAGACUCAUUUACUAGGAGCGACAGCCCAGGAUAGAUCUAUUAUUCUUUAUGACAUGAGAGGUGCUAAUCCGUUGCGGAAGGUUAUAUUGAAAUUGCGAUCGAACACAAUAGCUUGGAAUCCGAUGGAAGCGUUUAUAUUCACAGCAGCUAAUGAAGAUUAUAACUUGUACACAUUUGAUAUGAGGAACCUAAGCGAACCACUUAAUGUUCAUAUGGAUCAUGUCUCCGCAGUUUUAGAUGUCGACUACUCACCGACUGGUAAAGAAUUUGUAUCAGGGAGUUACGACAAGACUAUUCGGAUCUUCUCUGUUGACAAGAGUCAUAGCAGGGAGAUCUAUCAUACGAAGAGAAUGCAGCGUGUAGUUUGUGUGAAAUGGUCAUCAGACAAUAAAUAUCUAUUAUCUGGGUCGGACGAGAUGAAUAUACGAGUAUGGAAGGCGAAGGCAUCAGAGAAACUUGGGGCGUUACAAUUGCGGGAGAAGGCGGCCUUCAACUACAACGAGAAGCUGAAAGAGAAGUUUGCACACCACCCGCACGUGAAACGUAUCAUCCGCCAUCGGCAUAUACCCAGACCAGUCUACACCGCCGCCAUUGAACACAGGACCAUUAAAUACUCGCAGAAGAGAAAGGAGGCAAAUCGUCGAGCCCACAGCAAGGCGGGAGCGGUGCCUUACGUCGGGGAGAGGAAGAAAAGCGUUGUGGGGGAAAGAAAAUAGAUGUCAUGGGGGAAUAGAAACUGUUUCUGAAAAUAUUCGUUAUUCUGGACACAAUAUGUAUAUUUUGUGGACUUUUGUGAUUUUGUGUCUUGUUCCAGAUGGAUUCUGGAGCUCUUUACUCUCAAUGGACUUCAAAACCUUUUCUUGGACUGGUGCAUUUAGAGUGUUCGUUGGCCCUGGUCAGAGUGAGAUUUUCUUCGAUUUCACGCGGUCGAUAGGUAUUAAACUUUUCCUUCGUGUGGAGAAAGUGAGAGUUUCCAGGAGUAAGAAAGCAAUAUGGUCUUGUAACUUCAACAAUAAAACUCCAAUUAUUUAUGUAA